AUGGGCUCUGUGGAGUCCGUGGCAGAGGCAGUUUCCAGUUGCACGCAGAUACCAUCACUCAGCAAGGAGGAGAUUCGACCCCCGUGGGCUCUGGCGCAAGCUGACAAGUUCGACUACGAAGAUUGUCCUUUUUGCGACCUUCGUCGGCAUCACUCUGCUUGGCUGCGCAGCGAGAUCAAACGUUUGAAGUCAGAGGUCGCGGCUGUGCAGACCACCAUUCCGCCUAGGUUGUUCCCGGAGCUGCGCCAGCAGUUGGAGGCUGAGCCGCUACCGCCAUCAGGCUAUACGGGAGGCGUUGACGACAUCACAGCCAGCAGCUGCCCUCGCUGUCCAGAGCACCGCCGCGAGGUCCUGGACCUCCAGGCAGAAGCCAAUAAAUGGGAUGCCGAGUGCAAGGCUCGGAUAGAGUUCCGAAGAGGUCGGGCAAGAAAGAUCGAGGACAUGCUUAUCGAAAAGCGUCAGAUCGAGGCCCGUCUCUUCAGUACUGGUACCGGUACCGCCAUGGAUGAUGGCCAGUUCUUUGCUAUUACACGGGUCAACCUUGCAGAUGAGGAUGUGAUGACAACAGCCGCUGCGCGGCCACUGUAA